UUCAAAAUGAGAUAAUAAGGAAGCACAGAAUUGAAUUGUAUUCAUGAAUCACCAGUGGAAUGCUUGGCCUCUGAUGUUGCAAAACUGGUUUGCUGAGUCUCCGCUAUCUCUUCACAUGACGUAGCCAUGAGGACGAGAUCGUUCUUUUCUUUCGACUUCACCACCACAGAUUUCUGGCUGAAUGAUUGUCUAGCAGUUUGCCCUGUAGCUCGAUGCUCAUUUUAAGACUGUUGAACCGUCUUCUAGUCUAGUUAUUUCUUGCUGGUCUUUUCAUCAGCAGUCGGGUUUAUUCCCUCGAUUCUUUUUUUCUGCUUUCAUUUUCCUCAGACCGUCAGCUGGCCACCAUGACCAUCUUCAUCGCCUCGCUCUUUUUGCCCCAUACUGUGAAUUUUCAUGUCGAGGAACCGCGAAAUCGUCGCUCAACCAGCUCUCGAGCGUCGAAAGCUGUCAUCGAAUCUGCCGCUGAAUCCGUACCCCCCGCACCCAAUGGAGUGAGUUUGUUUGAAAAGCAAAAUGGCACCAAGAAUGCUGGUCUCACGCCAGGUGCUACCACGGGACAUGAGUGUAUCUUCUCGUCGGAUAUCCCAAAGGACGAACAUAAUAAUACUGGCUAUCCGUUCCCCUCCACGGGGGAGGUGAAUCUUCUGACGGGAAGUGAAGCCCACUCGCCUGCAUGGGGCUCAACUAAGGCUCUACUUCAGCCCAAGCCUCAGACUGCCUUCUCGCCGUCCCCGUCUAUUCUUAAGCAUCAGGAUCCCAUUGUUCCAACGAAGGAUUCAGGGCGCGAGAAAACGCUCGGGGAGCCAGACCCAACACACCUCCUUCCUGUGGAUGUACGGAUCGAUCAUAGUCGAAAGGUUUCUUUUUCGAGAGCGGAAUGGACUAUUGAGACAGCUGAGCAGGGCAACGGGGGCUUGCGCAACGCCGUACGAUCUGCGACAGACGCAGGCCAUAUGGAGGACAAAAUCUGGGUGGGCACGCUGGGAAUGCCAACAGAUGCGUUGGCUCCUCAGACCAGGACCAUAAUUGCGGAGAGGCUACGAGACGAGUACGGGUCGCUGACUGUCUACGUAAGCGACGGCGAUUUCGACGGGCAUUACACGCAUUUUUGCAAGACGAUACUGUGGCCGGUCUUCCACUACCAGAUCCCCGACAACCCUAAAAGCAAGGCGUACGAAGACCAUUCAUGGAUAUACUAUGUCAAGAUCAACCAGGCAUUUGCGGAGAAGAUCGCCAAGAACUGGAAACGCGGGGAUUCUAUCUGGGUCCAGGACUACCAUCUGCUGCUAGUUCCAGCCAUGCUGCGAAAACUGCUCCCUGAUGCCCAGAUCGGCUUCUUCCUGCACAUUGCGUUUCCAUCAUCAGAGGUGUUUAGAUGCCUGGCGCCUCGUAAGGAGCUACUGGAAGGCAUCCUGGGGGCUAACCUAAUCGGGUUCCAGACCGACGAGUACUGCCGGCAUUUUCUUCAGACAUGUAGCCGUAUUCUAAGUGUGGAGGCCACCAAUGAGGGUCUCCAACUAGAGGAUCGAUUUGUCAAUGUGGCUACAUUCCCCAUAGGUAUUGAUCCUACGUCCUGGGAUAAACGACGGAAAGCCGCCGAUGUUGAACAGUGGAUCAAGACAAUAUCCGAACGAUACGAAGGGAAACGGCUUAUUGUAUCUCGCGAUAAGAUUGAUCAAGUUCGAGGAAUCCGGCAGAAGCUGCUCAGCUAUGAAUUGUUCCUCAACACGUACCCUGAAUGGAGAGACCAAGUUGUCCUGAUUCAAGUGGCGACUAGUACGACGGAACAGCCCGAACUUGAAGCCACAAUUUCCGACAUCGCGAUGCGUAUUAACUCCACCCAUUCAACCCUCGCUCAUCAGCCACUAGUUUUCCUCAAACAGGACCUGGCUUUUCCCCAAUAUCUUGCUCUGAUCUCUGUUGCGGAUGCUCUAAUGAUCACCAGUCUCCGUGAAGGCAUGAACUUGACCAGCCACGAGUUUGUUUAUUGCCAGGAUGGGAAGUACGGCCCUAAGAAUUACGGAUCUCUGAUCCUUAGCGAGUUCACAGGAAGUGCGUCAGUGUUUGGCAACCAUGCUCUCUUGGUCAACCCCUGGGACUACCGGCAAUGCGCGGAAGCGAUAUAUACAGCACUUUCACGGAGCGAGGAUGAACGCCAGCAAGUAUGGACAGAGCUGCACCGGGCGGUCUUGCAGAACUCAACGGCCAACUGGGUGAAGUCAUUCAGUGAGACGUUGUCUCGGGUAUGGAAUGAACAAUCGUCGCGUGAGAUCAUGGCUGUCCCCCGUCUUUCAGUAACCAGACUGGAGGAAAAAUAUCAUCAGUCUAAUCGUCGCCUGAUUAUUGUGGACUACGAGGGUACCCUGGCAUCGUGGGGCUCCCCGAAGAGCAUUAUCAUCACCACACCACAGCGGGCUAUCACCGCACUGUCUGAACUGACAGAAGACCCGAAGAACAUAGUUUACGUGAUGAGCUCAAGAAUGCCAGAGGAGAUGGAACGGCUGUUCCGAAGGGUGGCCGGGCUAGGUCUGAUUGCUGAGAACGGAUGUUUUGUGCGCGAGCCACAUGCAGAGGAAUGGCUCAAGUUGACCGACCAGGCACACACAGACGCCUGGAAGGACGGGGUGAGCCAUAUACUUGAAUACUUUCAGCAGCGAGCGGAGGGCAGCUGGGUGGAGCAGCGGCAUUGCUCCCUCAUGUUCCACUACGGAUCGGCAGAAGAUCGAGGGGCAGCUGCGCGACUGGCGUCUGAGUGUGCUGGGCAUAUCAACGAUGCAUGCGCGAACCAAGGCAUUCACGCACUACUUAUUGAGGGGGCACUGGUGGUGGAGCCGGUGGACACGAACAAGGCAUCGGCUGCCGAAUUGGUAUGGCGGUACUGUCUGGAACGGAGCCAAAAAGAGGAAGAGUUAGCCCCACCGGACUUUUUGUUGGUUAUUGGUGAUAGUCGAGACGAUGAGCCAGUAUUCCGUUGGGCGAACAAACUGCAGGGUGCGGAGGCAGUUGACUACUCCAUGACAGUAACGCUGGGAUCACGAAGCACAGAAGCCAAGGCGACAGUGACACAGGGAGUAACGAGUGUCCUUUCAUGCCUAGAGAAGUUGGUCGUGCCGCCAUCAUGAUUACAAAGUUAAGAGAUAUAUAUAUUUCGGACUAAUUGACGAGGAUAUGAUUUGGAUUUUGGGCAAUGCAUCUAUCUAUACACAACAAAAUACUAGACCUUUGAUAGUAUUUAUUUCAUCUAUAUCUUAU